CAAAAUUUGCCCCUUCAUUCAUGGCGAUAAGAGAUGAUGGCCGGGAUGGAUGCACCACCCAUGGUGGACCCAAAAUUAAUCUUGCCCGGAACAAAAGAACACGUUCCAACGUGCAUACACAAAGAGCACUUGCACUGCCACUACUUAUUUGUCUCUCUAGAUUUUUAUCCAAAAUAUUUCAACACUCUAGUGUCUGAUUCUGUACAACACCUAUACACCUACUCACUCCUUCGAGAGUCACUGCCAUCGCAAACUUCCAAAACUGAUGUCCCAUCCCAUGUCCUCUGCAAGGCUUCUCCGCCACCAUGUUACCCCCACCCCACAGCGAAAGCAAAAACCACAAAAACAAAAGAUCAAAUUUUGAAAUUUGUUUACCCGCCACUCGGUUGGCACUACUGCGCUUAUUCCUCGUCGCCGCGAAUUUCCUCCAAACAACACAUCGUCCGCCGGACUUCCUCGGCGUCGCGGCAACGUCAUCCUCUGUUCCUCACCCGUCGAUUUCGUCCUUGAAUUUCUCUCGGAAACCGCGAGAGGAAAGAGCGCGUGUAUUCUCAGUGUCGUAUCCGCGGCUUUCAAGAGCAAGUGUCAACCAUAUCAGUGGCAACAUGGCUGAUGACGGCGACGACGGUCUACUCGUCACGAUUUCGGGAGCUGCUUUUUCCAUGCUGCUGUUUGAGAACACCCGUAUUCACGAUCAGAUUGGUUUUUUAUUGGGUGAAACGCUCGUUUAUGUUUCGACAAAAGUCACAGAUUCGGACAACGAUGUGCAGCAUAGAAAGCUACACAUAAAUAUAAAAAAUGUCGUAUCUUAUCCCCUGGGAGAGCCAUUUUUCAAUGGAUUAGGACUAAUAAAGAAAGACAAAUUAACAGCUCUUCUGGGCCAAAAGUUGAAAAAUGUUGUUGGCUGGUAUCACUUCCGACAAGAAUUUAGAUUAGCAACAUCGUUGAGAGACAAAAAUAUACACAAUGACUUGUCAACUCUUGUUUCAAGUAUCAAUCCUUUAAUGGAGAAGGAAAGUUUCACACUGUGUCUUCUAAGUUCUUCAGUCAAUGAAACUGGUGGAACUCACAGAUUCAAGCACCAAUUGUUGCGUAGACAAAAUAAAAUUUUCAAGCCAGUGCCAUUAAAGAUAACUAAUUUAGGAGCCGAUGCAACAGACCCUGAUGGUUCCGAUUACAAGCCAACACCAAGAUGUUUCUCAAAUGAUCUUGAUGCCUUUGAUAUAGUAUAUGACAAUAUCAAGAAUGAAUUAUCAAAUUUAUCUGGAGUUAAAGCUGUUACACUCAUAGAAAGAGCUGCUGAGCAUCUUUUGGAGAAAUUGAGUCCACAAGUAUCUAGCUCUGAUAAAGAAGUAUCAGAGCUGGAAACACGAGUAGCUUUACUGCGUAAUCAGAUAUUCAAGGCACAGUUUGAGCGUGCCAAAAAUAAUUUUACAACCCUGGAAGAACAGAUGCAAAAAAUGGAAGUUGAUUCAAAGUCGUAUGCUAGACCACUACUCAAAUCUCCUUCACCUGAAAUUAUGGAUUCUCCAAUGAGUCCAAUGCCAUCCACCAGUGCUACAACAAUACAAUCUCCGAAGAUAACGCACGACGGCAGUGGCGACCGAAGUUCUCGUGACAGGGGCUCUUCUGAUCGAGAAUUUCCCAGCUCCAACCUUACGCCCUUGAGUUCACCAGGCGAUGGCUCGAGACUUCAAGAGUCCGACAAAUCACCAAAGGAAUCCGCAGCGUCAGCUAGUAAUACGUCAGAGUGCAAUCGCCCGACAAGGACUAGGCAAACGACUGAUCAGUUUAUACAGAACACCACGACGAGGUCGUCGACGCAACACCGAGGUCUGUGUCCAUCGCCUAAAUAUAAUCCGGAUUCUUAACUGUUAAAUUCCACAAAAGACGAAGGAUGAUGAUCGUCUUCGUUUUAAAAGGAUAUAUCAAGGAGAGACUAAGGAUGACUAAAUGAUUCUCACGUCUUUCACGUUCAUAAAUUGUUUACUUUGCUCGUUGAUACAACUUGUGUAAAUACUUUUGUAAAAUUUCGUUAUACACGGAAUGAGUUGAAGAGACAGUCAGUUCCUGGGAAGGAAAUGCAGCAAUUGGAGAAAAAAACUCCGCUGCUCAAGAAGAGCUUUUGCACCGCAAAAGAUGACGGAUAUAGAUAUACAUUAUAAAUAUAUAUAGUACAGAGCACCGUGGGCGCAUAUAUUUUUAAAGAAUGUCGGCGGGGUUGUUGGGCAGGCCAGUGACCUCCCAAAUAGUGGCUGCAAGCCGCCUUGAGUGCUCGAGUACACAGGACGAGGUGGCAAGGCCCAGAUGUACGCAGUACAGCUCAUAGAUACGGAUCUUAUUCGGCGAGAGUUUCGGGAAGUACGCCUCGGCUAAUUUCCUGUAAAAGUAACGACGUUUAGCUUUUGCGGUUCCCGUUUUCUUGGAAACGAAUGCUCAGUGAAAAAUAUUUUUAUUUUUGCAAGAGAUUGCCAUAUCAAUGAGAACUGAGCAUUCGCGUUUGAGAAAAAGAAUUCUGGUUGUUCAAACCUGUAGUAAUCUCCACAGAGGAUACCAGGCACCGGGAAGUUCUUGAGCGUGUGAUUAAAGAUUGUCUUGCACUUCAACGGUGUGCCCUAAAAAGCAAAACGCGUUUAAGAUUGUUAAAUCGAGAAGAUAUAUUAAAGUCGUUGAGCGCGCUGUGAGCUUUCACAUACCGAGCUGUCUUCAAACCACAAAAAGUAGGCGUAGUUGAAGGUUGUGUCCUUCCACAUUAUGGACAUGUGACCCUCCUGCAGGUGUAUCCUGCUCUGCUCAACCAUGGUCCAUAUCUGUGGAAGUCAAACGAUUUUUCUACAACGUGUAUAUUAUACCUAGUUGAACUAAGCUUCUGUAAGUGCUACAACGGACUUUUUCUAUCGAAUUCCACAACAACGAAAACUCGUUCGUAUAAGUGAUUAUUUACUGCAAUCAACUUGUGAUUACACGAAAAUUGAGAAAGUUAAAAGCGCACUAAGAUUCUACUGAAGCCGUACUUUACAUAAAAUCGUUUAUUUUUAAGCUUCGAUGAUUUGUAAUAAGUGAAAUCUACGUUAUAAGUUACUUUCAUUCGAUUGACUUUUCAAAGCUGUUAUCAAUAAAAUCAGUAGAAAUUUA